CAGCGACGGCUCUCACCAGUACCGGAUCAGCAAAUCAAACCAACCAGGCAACCACCAAACACAAAAAAAAUCCCCGCAAGAGCUCCGAUUUCAAAUUUCCCCGGCACAGCUCGCCGCCGGAGAUGGAGGCGGCGCGGGAGUCCAUGGCAGUGCUCCUCGAUGCUGGCCUCUUCGCCUCCGCCCAAACUCUGGGUUGUUUCCUUGUGUCGUCUGCAGGCCUAAGCAACGAUGCUGGCAUGUCCAUGAAGGUGGAAAGCCUGGUGCUCCAUGGUGAUGCUUUGUAUGGAGAGAAAGAGUUCCGCAGGGCACUGAAUGCGUACAAGCAAGCUAUGCAAUAUAGUAGAAGUAUCCCUAGGCAAGCAACAAGUAGCAUCAGAAGCUCAGUGUCCGCCACAGGCCGGUCACCUUCUCCAAAUUCUUCGAAUCUCUUGUCAUUCAACGAAAACGAGGUGAAGUUCAAGAUUGCCCUUUGCCAUUCUGCUCUAUGUGAGCACCGUGAAGCACUGCAAGAGAUGGAAGGUAUUCCUUCUAAAGUGAGAACGCUGAAAAUGAAUCUGAUGUUAGGGAAGCUUUAUCGAAUAUCAAGAAAUAGCCGUUCAGCUGUUGUGUGUUAUAAAGAGUGCUUGAGGCAAUGUCCUUAUAUUUUUGAAGCUAUUACAGCUUUGGCGGAAAUGGGGCUUUCUGCAAAGGAGUUUUCUUUAUUAUUUUCACAAGCACCAAAUAGAGGAGGCAAGCUUCCAAGUGACUCUGUAGAUGCACAACGAUGGUGGAAUCGGUAUGUUGAGGCGCAGUGUUGCAUUGCUUCACAUGAUUAUAAAGGUGGCCUUGACAUAUAUCUAGAACUAAUGCAACGAUUCCCCAAUAAUGUGCAUAUCCUGCUGGAAAUUGCAAAGGUUGAAGCGAUUAUAGGCAGGAAUGAUCAAGCAAUAAUGAACUUUGAGAAGGCUCGGUUGAUUGACCCGAACAUUAUGACAUAUAUGGAUGAGUAUGCAAUUCUUUUAAAAACAAAAUCCGACUACAUCAAACUGAACAAGCUGGUACAUGAUAUGCUGCAUAUUGACCCUGCAAGACCAGAAACAUGUGUUGCUCUUGCAGCAAUGUGGGAAAGAAAAGAUGAAAGAAAAGCUUUGACAUAUGCAGAAAAGAGCCUUCGAGUUGAUGAUAGGCAUAUAACUGGUUAUAUUAUGAAGGGCAAUCUGCAUCUUUCAUUGAACCGACCAGAUUUGGCAGUGACAGACUUCAGAGGAGCUCAAGAAUUGAGGGCUGAUCUUCGUUCUUAUCAAGGUCUAGUGCGUGCUUAUCUAGCACUUGCUAAAUGCAAAGAUGCAUUAUUCACUGCGCGUGAGGCAAUGAAGGUUAUGCAUCAGUCUGCGAAAGCUCUGAAGCUAGUUGGUGACGUUCAUGCAAUCAGUUCCAGUGGGAGAGAGAAGGCAAGAAAGUUCUAUGAAUCUGCCAUUCGUCUUGAACCUGGAUUUCUCGGAGCUGCAUUGGCCCUGGCUGAUCUGCAUGUUGCGGAAGGACGUAAUAGGGAGGCUGUUAUGCUACUUGAAAAAUAUCUACGACAAUGGGCAGAUGAUUCUCUACACAUCAAGCUGGCUCAAGUAUUUGCAGCAACAAAUAUGCUUUCUGAUGCACUUUCCCAUUAUCAAUCCGCAUUAAGGAUAAACCCACAAAAUGAAGCUGCAAAGAAAGGAUUGGAGCGCUUGGAAAAACAGAUGAAGGGAGUAGACCCAGAUGCACCUGAAGAGGACGAAGACAACGAGGCUGAUGAUAUCGACGCCGACCAAGAUGAAGCUGAGCUGCUAUAGAGAAACACUCUGAACUCAUCAUGGCAACUCUUGCCUCCAAAGAGCAACGUCUGGUUGCACAAUAGCCUCAUCAGUCAACAGGCACGGCAACUGGACCCAUGAUUAUGUAACUUAGAAUAUGAGGUGCAGGUGCUCCAGAGCCGUCUUUGCUGUGCCGUUUGUUUAUAGCCAAUUUUCGCGGUCAAAAUGAACGGGUAUGGCACGAUGAAGGCUGUAAGCUAGUAGGGUAGGGCCAUGAAAGUACAGUACGAUCAGAACCUGGAUUGUCUUUGAACGCCUAAGAUCUGAGUUCGAACAGUUCAUUGCAGGAGCAUCUGACGUGAGAAUGUUGGAAAUCUAACGCGGGUCCAGGCUGUACACAUCAAAAUUUUGAAAAUAGAAUCCGGGCUGAAUUCUCUCUCCA